AUGGCAUUGCAAGAAGAUCGAGCACGCUUGAUGGCCCACUUCGCUGGUGAUAUCUCAAAGCAUCAAAACAAAUGGUCGGAUCUGUGGGACAAAGGUGAUUUCUUGCCGUGGGAUCGCGGCGUGCCUAAUCCAGCUCUCGUCGAUACCCUCACCGAUCAACGAGAUCUGCUAGGCACAUGCUUCGUGGAGGAUGGUUUUGGGAACAAGCGAAGGAAGAGAGCUCUGGUGCCAGGAUGUGGAAAGGGAUAUGAUGUCUUGCUGCUGGCUGGUUUCGGAUAUGAUGCCUUUGGACUUGAAGUCAGUGAAACGGCCGUCAACAGAUGCUAUGAGGAGCAGAAAGCCAACGGACAUAAGUAUCCUAUAAGAGAUGACAGUUCUGGAGCCGGAGCGGUCAAAUUCAUGCAUGGCGACUUCUUCGGCACCGAUUGGAUGAUCAAUAUCGAAGGCGACGGCAAAGUCGAUCUGAUUUAUGACUAUACGUUUCUCUCGGCUCUCCCACCAAGUUUCCGUCCUGAUUGGGCACUCCGCAUGGCACAGCUACUUGCCUUCAAAGGUAACUUGAUCUGCAUUGAGUUCCCUAGCGCGAAGGACCCUCUCAUUGGUGGUCCUCCAUUCGCUUUGCCACCUCAAGUGUACACCGAGCAUCUCGCCCACCCAGGAAAGGAGCUUCCGUAUGAUGAUAAGGGGCACGUCAAAGAAGGAGUAUCUGGGCCUAAAAGUCCUGUUGCGCUGACUAGAGUGGCUCAUUGGCGGCCAAGGCGCACACACGAGAUCGGUAAAGGGCAGGAUUGGGUGAGCAUAUGGCGGUAUUAG